AUGGGGAAUAUACUGACAACGCCCGAUAAAUCUCCUUCAUCGGCCCCUGUCAUCCUUGCCCUUUUGGGAUUCGAAGGACCAGAGCGAGACCUUUUCAUCAAAGAAGUUACCGGUACCGACCUCGUUCGUGACCAAAAUACACAGAAUGGAGCCAAGGCUUCUAUCUUCAAGGGGGUCCUUGCAAACAGAAAUAUCUGGCUUGUGGACUGCCCCUCUCUCUCGGUGACGGAUAAAGAGUUCCUAGAUGCUGUCAAGACUACCAUCCUCAAGGACUACACCGGCUCGAAGGGUGCUGUGGAUGGCAUCGUCUAUUUUCACGACAUCACAGACACAAAUGUCAAGGAACAGGCCUCCAGAAACCAAGCUUUGUUUACAAAACUCCAAAGGCCGGGCCAGGACAAUGUCAUGAUCGUGACCACACAGUGGGACCGCAAUCAAGCAAGCGAAGAAGGGGAGCGCACCGAGAACGACCUCAAAGAAGCUUACGGUUAUGCAUCGCCAUUGGAAGCAUCAAACGUGCGUCAGAGUCACGAGUCGAGCGGAGAAGAAAGCAACUAUGUUGCAAUCGCUCGGGAGCUUAUCGCCACAACGACCAUUUCAGCUCGCAUCGGCAACGACCAGCUCGCCAAGAUGUCUCUCCAAGAUCUGAUCGCCAUUAUCACGAGUAAGGAGAACGAACUCAUCGAGUUGAGGUCCAAGCUUCGAACUGCCUUGACGUCACACGCCCAAGAAAUAGAGACAACAGGGGCAGCGAGACAAGCUAUUGACGAUGAACUGAAACAAGCUCAAAUCACCAUCAGCACCCUUCAAGAAGACCUUCAGCGACAGCAGGAAGAAUUUUCCUCGGAAAAGCAGUCAAUGGUAGAGGCACUUGAGAAUGCCCAGACAACGGUCAACCAUCUCAGGGUGGAUCUGGAGAGAAAUCACGAUGAGACCACCUCCGAGAUCACCCGGCUUCAGCACCGGUUCAGCGCCGACAAAAAGACUCUUGAAGACAAGAUCCAUCAGCUCGAGGGGAAAAUCUCGAAUAUAGUAUUAACCGGUAGGGUUUACACUCCAGAUGAGACCCUGUCAAUCUCCUCGGCCAGCAAGCUGAAUGUGCUCGAUUCUAGGGGCGAAUUUCCGCUCUAUAAAGCCGCCGCAGGCGGACAUAGCGGUGAUGUGAAGCAGAUGCUAGAGCAGGGAGCAAACCCCUCACUGAGAACUUGGUACAAAUGGACAGCGCUGCACUGGGCUGUUAACAAUGGCCACAGUGAUGUUGUCAAGCUUCUGCUCUCCUACGGCGCUGAUGUUAAUGCUGUGUCGGAUACAGGAAAGACACCACUUAGCAUGGCUCACGACGAUGAUAUACGACAGUUGCUCAUCCAGCAAGGGGCAGCAGCAUAA